AUGGCCUCAGCAAAGGACAUCACCGGCGCGCCUGCGCUCGGAAAGAACCUUGAAGUCUCUGCCAGCCUUGGCUUGUCAACUUCUCCCACUGCCACUUUCCAUUCUCCUCCCUCCAGCUUUGGCGGCCCCGCCCUUGCCAGGAGGCCGGCUCCCAAGCUACUGAAGCCCUUCGAUACCCAGGACAUCAAAAUUUUGCUCCUCGAGAAUGUCAACCAGACCGGCAAGGACAUACUCACCGAGCAGGGCUACCAGGUCGAGGCCCUCAAGACCUCUCUGCCCGAGGACCAGCUCAUUGAGAAGAUUCGGGAUGUUCAUGUCAUUGGUAUCCGCUCCAAGACCAAGUUGACCGAGAAGGUCCUUCGCGAGGCCAAGAACCUGCUGGUGAUCGGCUGCUUUUGCAUCGGUACCAAUCAGGUUGACCUCGAAUACGCCGCUGCCCACGGCAUUGCUGUCUUCAACUCUCCCUUCGCCAACUCCCGCAGUGUUGCGGAGCUGGUCAUCGCCGAGAUCAUCACUCUGGCUCGCCAGCUGGGCGACCGCUCCAACGAGAUGCACCGCGGCACGUGGAACAAGGUCAGCUCCAAGUGCUGGGAGAUCCGCGGCAAGACCCUCGGCAUUGUGGGUUACGGUCACAUUGGCUCGCAGUUGUCCGUUCUGGCCGAGGCCAUGGGCAUGAACGUUGUCUACUACGAUGUUGUGAAUUUGAUGGCCAUGGGUACCGCAAGACAAGUGCCCACUCUGGAGAACCUGUUGGAGGAAGCCGACUUCGUCACCCUGCACGUGCCGGAGCUCCCAGAGACCAAGAACAUGAUUGGAGCUGCCCAGAUGGACAAGAUGAAGACCGGUGCAUACCUCAUCAAUGCUAGUCGUGGCACAGUCGUCGACAUUCAGGCCCUGAUCAACGCCAUGCGGGCUGGCAAGAUUGCUGGUGCCGCUCUCGACGUAUACCCCAACGAGCCCGCCGCGAAUGGAGACUACUUCAACAGCUCUCUCAACACAUGGGGAGAGGAUCUGCGCAACCUGAACAACAUUAUUCUGACACCGCACAUUGGCGGCAGCACCGAGGAGGCCCAGCGCGCCAUCGGUGUCGAAGUUGCCGAGGCUCUUGUUCGCUACAUCAACCAGGGCAUCACUCUUAACAGUGUGAACCUGCCCGAGGUCAACCUGAGAUCAUUGACACUGGAUGAGCCUGACCAUGCUCGUGUCAUCUAUAUCCACCGCAACAUCCCUGGUGUCCUGCGCCGAGUCAACGAGAUUCUGGGCAACCACAACGUCGACAAGCAGAUUACCGACAGCAAGGGCGACAUCGCCUACCUCAUGGCUGACGUUAGCGAUGUCAAGGCCGAGGAUAUCAAGGACAUCUCGGAUAGCCUAGACGCCUUGAACUCACGCAUCUUGACCCGCGUCCUGUACUAA